AUGGCACGCUUUCGGUCGCCAAUCGCUCUUCUAUCCCUCGCCCUACUCGCCGCGCACUCUGUUCUCGCACAGUAUGGCGCCUACGACUACGGCUUUGACGCAGCAAAGCUCAUAAAACGCCAGCUAGCGUCGCAAGAACCGGUACCGGUAGUAAGGGGUGCAGAGGGCGGGCAGACAAUUCGACUGCGACAAGAAGUCCGUCAGCUCGAGCAGGACAAGGAGCUAUGGACGCUCUACAUCCUGGGGCUCAGUCUGAUGCAGUUCACCGACCAGUCAUCGCCGGUGUCGUGGUACGGGAUUACUGGGAUACACGGCAUACCUCACCAAACCUGGGGCGGUGUGACUCCAACUCCCGGAAAUGAGGAAACAGGAUAUUGUACUCACUCCUCGAUCCUCUUCCCGACAUGGCAUCGCCCUUAUCUUGUCCUCUACGAGCAAGUACUUUACAACCUGAUUCAGAACAUUGCUAAAUGGUGGCCUGAAGGCGAACCGCGAAAACGAUACCAGGCAGCUGCGCUCCGGUUCCGCAUACCCUACUGGGAUUGGGCUUCCAGCCCGCCUUCUGGACAGAGCGUUCUGCCUCUUAGUGUUGGUGGGAGCCCGUACGUUGAUGCCAAUGGCCCCAGUGGCGUGCAGAGAAUUGCCAACCCCUUGUUCAGUUACUCCUUCAAGCCGCUGAAUGCUACUGCCUUUCUUCAGGACCCGUGGGAUAUAUGGACAAACACUCUCAGAAGCCCGACUACCAGCGAUAACAAGGCGCAGUCCAACAACUCCCUCGUGGCCAUCAACUUUGACCAAAACCUCGACUCACUCGGCCAACGUCUCUACAUCCUUUUCUCCAACUAUGGCAACUACAGCACCUUUAGCAACAACGCCUGGAUACCCUACAUCAAUAACGGCUCCUACGACUCUCUCGAAGCCCUCCACGACACUGUACACAACUUAGCUGGUGGCGGUGGAAUAGGCCAACCCAAUGCUCAAGGCGGCCACAUGGCCUACAUCCCCUAUUCCUCUUUCGACCCCAUAUUUUUCCUUCAUCAUACCAUGGUCGACCGCAUUUUUGCCAUUUGGCAAUCCUUGUACCCAUCCAGCUAUGUCACCCCAAUGCAAGCCUACAUCGCAUCCUACACCACGUCUCGAGGAGAGUUUCAAACCGCCGCCACCCCUUUGACGCCCUUCUUCUUCAACGAGAACGGCACGUUUUGGACGUCGGACAUGGUCCGUGAUCAUACGAGGUUUGGAUACAACUACCCCGAGCUGGCCGGAGUGUCGGGUAGUGUACCGAACAGCCAGAGCCGAGCACUGUCCAGGCGGGCAAGGGGGAGGGUGAUGGCAGCCAUCAACCGCCUCUACGGUCCAUCUACUCCAUCGAGUCUCUACCGCAAGGAACUGCGAGCCGGAAGACUGGGGCCAGGGAAGAAGGUCCCCGGUAAUUUACCUGCUGGAAGGGUCUUUACCGGUAACGGACAAUACAGAGAGUGGAUAGCGAAUGUGAGGGUGAAGAAACAAGCCUUGGAUGGACCGUUCUUCAUUCAUUUGUUUCUUGGGGAAGCACCGAAGGACCCUAAGGAAUGGGCGUCGGCGAAGAAUCAUGUUGGGUCGAUGGGGGUCUUUGCGUCGGAUGAACGGUAUGGAGAGAGUAAGAUGGCGGGGAUGGAUGAGGUUAUGGUGUCGGGGACUGUGCCCUUGACUAAGGCGUUGGUGGAGAAGGUGAUGGGGACCGGGAGGUUUGGUGUCGCGACCGGUACCGGGGGAGGUGGUGGUGGAAGUAGAACUGUUGGUGGUCGUUUUGUGGGCUUUGGGGGAGACGUCGGGGCCGGUUUCAGUGGUGAAGGAGAUAGAUAUGGAGAUGACGAAAAGGAGGGGUGGGAAGGGCAGCAGGAGGAAGUGUUGAGAAGUCUGGAUCCCAAAGAUGUUGAACCGUUCCUAAGGAGGAACUUGGUGGUGAAUAUCAUCAAGGUGGACGGAAAGGUGGUGAUGCAUGGGAGUUAUGUGGAAGGGUUGGGGAUUCAUGUGGUUAGCUCGAUGGUUAGGGCCGCGAGGGUUGAGGAGGAGUUACCGGUUUGGGGAGAGGCGGAGGGUGGGUUUGAUGUUGUUUGA